CUUUGAUUGCAGGCGUUUCGCUUGGAUUGCGCGGUCAAUAAAAGAAUGGGGUAAGCCGGUGUUUAAAAUUGGGACCUUUUGGAGCCGAAAAGAUCUUGGUUUGUCAACCGGAAUGAACGGUCUGAGUUUCCGGCUAGUAAGGCGAUGUGGCACCGAAGAACUAAAAGAGCGACUGCAGAUGUCAAAAUUUUUAAUAUGCCAGAUUUCGAAGACUGUUAGUAAUAGAGAAACUUUAUCGAAAGUUGUUGGAGAAACGUUUUGUUCCGGAUUUUUGAAGAAGGAGGCUAUGGAACUUACAUGUGAUUGUAAUCGGGUCUUCUCGGACUCAGAAAGAGAUUUCUGCUGCGAAGCCGCCAAGGCGCAAAGCGCCUGA